AUGGCGCUCUUGCAAAACGAAGAUUUUGCCAUCUGGUACCUCCGUACCUCUUAUCUUGCCAGUGUGAAAGAUGGAAUCGCGGAACGCUUGAUCAAUGUCAACUCCUCGAUACUUAAUACUCCAGGAUUUCGGGCUGCCGGCUGGACGGCGGAUCCCGUUCAACGCACGUAUUCCCCUCCCAUCCCAACAGCAAUCAAUUCAGAGUAUUUUCAGACUAGUGCUGAGCUCCAAUUGACAAACUUGAAUGCCGAUGAGGAUGACGACGCUGGCCUUGUUACUGGCCGGACCAGCAAUGACACCAUCGGCCCUGGCUUCAAUGCGCGUCGAAGAAGGAAGAAGGAGCACGCCGAGGACGAUGACAGCAGUGAUCUCACCGACGAGUCUGAAGAAGAAGCCGAGGGUGCUCAACGGGCCGCUCAACAGAUUCGUUUCGCUAAAAUGCCUUCCCGAAGUCGGGCAGAUUCAUCACCGAUUCGUAGCACAAAUGCCCCCGAUAUCACAACCACCUCCCCCUCGAAACCCACUACAAACAACAGAACACGGACAGGCUCAUUAGGUGCGGUUGAGGCGGUCAAGGCUCGGGAAAGGCGAGACACCACAACCAGCAGUGACAUGUCCUCAGAAAAUGAGGUUGAUCCGUCAUAUUUUCAACGAAGGCAACUCAAGCGCGGGCAGAACUCAAAAUCUGUCAGAAUAGCAGGAACCUCAACUGAUGAUCGUGUUCAUGGCUCCUCCGACCUGGGACACCGUAAUCUUCUACAGGACGACUCUGAUGGAGAUUCAGAUGGCUCAGCGUUAUCCUCAGACCUGGGUGAGACGGUAGACUCUGCAUCACUCAUAAACCCUCUGACAGGGUCCAACCUUACGUCGUCUCCACCAAUCUUGCACAGCUUUGGGGGUUCAGCAUCUCGUCUGCAACAGGCAGAAUCCCCUCGCAGACAACGUACGCUAUCGAUACUACACGAAUUACCACCUCCAAGACCUAUUAGCAUGAUUCAGCCACAGAGUCUACUGUCGGCGGCAUUGAAUGCACAACGCAAAGCACCUAGCAAUCCAGUGCAGGGGUUUGCGACCCUCUCGGGAAAAGGCACGCCAAAUCCACUUUGGAUCAAGAUCUAUGCUCCAUUUUCGAACAACGCAGACGAGCCAUUCGAAAUGCCUUUGGCGAGGACUUCGAAGGACGGACUCGCGGUGAUGGUUGCAGAAGUGAUCGGCUUGAGCUUGUGGCAGUACGGGGAGGAAGAAUUAGAGCCACCUUUGACACAAGAACAACUCAAUGUCAACAAGUGGACAUUACGAAUAGUUGAAGAUGGCGAAGUUGAUGAUGAUUUCCCGCCAUUGGCCCGCAUACGACCGGUUACAGACUUUACCUACAACAACAAUCGUGGCGGUCGAGCUCGAUCUCGGGAGAAACCAUUCGAUGAAUUUGCGUUGGUUGAGGCAUCGGCGAAACAAGUCGAGGCCAACAAUAAAGAAACGCCGCAGUUCAUUCCAGCUGCUCAGGAAGAUACUACGAUGACUCUGACACCGACGCCAGGCCCGACACCAUUUCCAAACUUGGGCGCCACUCCAGCUCCGCCAGCGGCCAAAGUCACCGGCACCAGAACCAAUCUGCUCUUGGGUGGACAGCCUUUUACAUCGGCACUCUCGAAUUCGGCCUUGACGCCGGCAGAUCGUCCGGCGCCGGCAGCACCCCAAGCUACUCCUCGUAUGGGGACGACGAAGACGAUUAGGAUACGGUACUUCGACAUCGAUGUAGCCAAUCAGACCAUGACGAUGGAGCUUUCAACGGAUAGCUAUAUUGCCGAGAUCCUGGAUCACGUUUGCAAGAGAUGGAACUUUGACAAAGCGGGGUUCUUACUCAGGGUUGCAGGGACCAACACAGUGGCACCUCUAGAUCGAACAAUAGAGGCACUGGGCACCAGAACGGACUUGGAUCUCGUGCGAAAGCGGUUCGGACCCGGAGUCAGCGCGUUGACAGGAUCGCCAGCCAGUUCAUCUCCGAAUGCGCCUCUUCUACUUGACAUUCAGGGACCGAAGAAAGGCAAGAAAGGGCAGAUGCUACACCCAUUGGCGCAGAACCAGGACGUGGUUUCACGCAGCAGUAACAAUUUCAAGAAAUAUUAUGUGACGAGGAAGCAACUGGCGCCUUUCGCGCAAGGGAGUCAACGAGUUCUCGUGUUUGAUGGCGACACGAUCCAUGUGAUGCCGGCGGAUUCAGCGUCGAGCGCCAAGUUCAGCUCGAUUGCAUUCAAUGAUAUUCUUCGGUGCAAGGUCAGUUCCAAGCACUCGAAGCUGGUCCGAGUACUUGUGCGGCGGGUCAACGAGUCCAAACGAUACGAUUUCGAGGCGAGAACAGCCGGAGAGGCGCAGGAGAUCGUUGACGAGGUGGUUCGAGAAAUGAGAUUGGCGCGAGCAUGA